CAGGUGCUUCUGUCUGUCAGCAGGUGAGCAGCGGCGGCGGAGGACGACGAGCCAACAACAGCACGGUGUCAAAACCCUGCUAAUAAUGACUUUAAUACAACUUCAGCAAUAAUAUGAUCUGAGGGGACAUCGAGGCACCAUGGUGAACUUAGGAGUAUGUUGUGCCAGCCUCAAGGACAACAAAACCUUGAUGAAGAUGGGGCUGGGGCUGGUGCUGGUGGGCCAUGUCAACUUUCUUCUGGGAGCGCUGGUGCACGGUGCUGUGCUCAGACACAUCAAUGUGCACUCUCAGGCCAGGACGAUGGUGUACGCCAUCUCCAAUGUCAUUGCCAUUGCGGCAGGCCUGGUGGGAAUUAUAAGUGGAAUAACGGCCAUCGUUCUUUCCAAAAACAAGAAAAACAGGAUCCUGCAGUGGGUCCUGUUGAUCUUCAGCUUCCUCUCAGGCCUCCUGGCGGUUGCCUCCACCUUAGGAUUGUCAGUUUCUAUGGUGAAAGCCAUUCUGAAUAAAGGAUGGGGCCUGCUAACGCACUGCAAGUUUUAUGACAAGGAUGUUGGCUCCUCCAGCAUCACGUAUGAGUGCCCCUUUGACCCCACCCGCAUCUAUGGGACUACAAUCAUUCUGUGGGUGCCACUCAUCUUGAUGUCUGUUGCGGAAAUGGUGUUUUCCUUCCGCUGCUUUGCUGCCUGCACUUCAUUCCUCUACCUCUGUCCGUGCGUUAGAAGGAGGCCGAUCCGGGCUAAGAGGGUGCGAAUCAAGAGGAGCGUUGAAAGCUCAACACCACUUCCAGCACCAGACCCAGACCCAGAGGCUGAAGCUGAGCCUGCAGAGCAGGAUGAUCUGCUGGACGACAGCACUGCAGUGGAGCAGAGUGAAUGGCUCUGAACCAGCUAAGCCUAAUUAGAUCGGUUGCAAAGUGCUGGGCUCAACUGGAUAAAAUGCAAUGUCAUCUGUGAGUGUGUAUUGUAGCAUGUGUCUGUUACACCUGAGAUGUCCAAAGAAGGCAUUUGUUGGACUUGAGCUGAGCAAAAGCAAAGGCCUUUCAUUUCCCUCUGUAUCAAAAUGGGAAAUAUUUUUUUAAAUCUCGUAAAAUACUGCUGUUGGUUUGGUUUGAAAUGUUUUAAUUUGUACUGAUGUCUUGAAAAUAGAGAGCGCUGUCUCCUGUA